GAAAAUUUUGCUUAUCCUAAAAACUUUCAAAAUCUGUAAUCUCACGCACUCAUGUCUCGGAGUUACCUUAGUGCCCAAGAAACCAAUACACUGACAACAAGAAAUUACCUAAUGUCACUCCAUUCGACCAGAAAGCAACCUUCAAAGCCAUUGAAGAGGCCUGUAUCAUCGCCUUUGAAGUCAAUGCAGCCCCAGGUUUACCGAGUCGACACAGUGAACUUCAAGGAGUUGGUUCAGAGGCUAACUGGUGCACCUGCGCACGAUGAUGUGCUUAAGCCGUUCAAGAGUUUAGAUAAUUCAGCGAAUGAGAGUUCUUCAUCAUUAGCAUUUGAUUUAUCAUCAUCAUCAUGGGGAGAUUUAUCACUUCAAACUCCUGCAAGUCUCUCCAGAUGGUAGCGUUUAUACAGGACAAAACAUUUUAUAUACCCUUGCAAGUGCUUCCUUUGGUUGUAAUUCUCGACAUACCUAUUCUGUUUUAUCUAUUUAAUAAAACCAUAGAGAAAUAUAAGAUAUAAUGUUUA